AUGGAUAGUGUGCGCGGGCUUCCCGUGCUACGGUUAUUGGGAAAAUCCGAACAGCUUUCCGCUGUUUCUCACGAACUAGGAUCCUUCAUAAAUGUGGGAGUAUCUGCUCACUACUCUCUCACUACUGUUACUACUCUCCCCGAGCUGCAGUCAAUCAUCUACGCCGCAUUGUCACGUGUCAUUCACAGGAACUCCAUCCUAUCCGCCAUCCCGAUAGACGAAGUAUUUCCAGGCGCCAACUUCGUUCGUUUGCAGUCUCUCGAUCUUCGUUCCUGCGUAAUUUUCAAGACUCGAGCUAGCUCGAUCGGACAGAGCAACCAAGACCAUGAGCUCGACACAAUUCUCCAGGAAGAACACAAUACUGACUUCAAGCCUUCCCGUGGUGCCCUGCCUUUCUGGCGACUGACUAUCUUGCAAGAUGCUGUUGAGGAGAAGAGGUGUGGUUUCACCGCAUCCUUUGUCUUUCAUCAUAGUCUUGGCGAUGGCGCAACGGGAGUCAUAUUUCACCAAUCGUUCCACCAGGCACUCAAGAGUGCUCUCAUGCUACCGUCUCUGGAACCAAACAGCUCGACAAUACGGGUGUCUGAAAGUUCGACUCUUCUGCCGCCACUAGAAGAUCUGCAUCCACUGCCAUUGAAUCCAAACCCACCUCAUCACCGCUCGUCGGGUGAGGAGCUGGAAGAGUGGACAGGAAACCCCAUCCAAUUACCAAUGACGUCGCAUUACCGAACAACCUUCUUCUCACCAACAGCUUCAGCAAAGUUUGCGCAAAAGUGCAAAGAGAAUGGUCUCACAGUUACGUCCGGCUUAACCGCCGUAUUGGCCGGCGCGUUGUUCGAGCAGCUUCCAGAUACUGUUCAGGCCCUCACAGGUAUUAUACCGAUCAACCUUCGUCCAUGGCUCAGCCUCCACCAUAACUGCAGCCCCGCGAACGAAGCAAUGGGCAGUUUCAUCGAUGCAUUGAAAGUACAGAUCCGUCGCGAGCAUUACUCCUUCCCGACCGACAGCGAUGAACACACAAGAGCUACACGCGGAAUCGUGGCCGCGCGUCAUACAGCAGAAUCAAUUAAAGGUUACAUGGGUACCAAGAGUCCGAGUGGUGAGCCAUAUACUUCAAUCGCUGCAUUCAAAGGUAUACACGACAUAGCUGCGGUCUUCAAGUCUAUGGUCAACACGCCCCGCGAUGCGGCAUUCGAGAUCUCGAACCUUGGCCGCUUCCCACCAGCGUCUUCCCCGUCCUUUGACGUUCCUGAUAGUGCUUGUGAAGAUCGGUGCCGUAUCGGACGCAUGACCUUCAGUCGUAGUGCCGUUGGCUUCGGCGCUGGGAUCACAACGAGUGUUGUGAUGGGGAACGAUGGUGUAUUGAGUGUGGGGUGGAGUUGGCAAGAGGGAGUGGUAGGGGCAAAGCUUGUGGAAAGUUUUAUGGAGAGCUUCAGGAAGGCCGUUGAGGGUGGCGUUCAUUUCUGA